AUGAGGCCAGCAGCGAGAAGCUGUGCGCCCUUCGUCCCAUCGACGCGAAGUCAGCUAUGGUUGCGUGGUCUUGGAACACAAUCGCUUGCCGCAAGAUCGAGGCCAAUUGCCCUGAAAGCUUGCCUGCAAAGCUCGCCAGAACGAAGGAUAGCCUCUUCAUCUACGAGAGAAUCUUGGACACCUGGAAUUUCUCACACUUCGCUGGCUAGGCGUCCUCGAGCUCUUGCACCAAGCCAGGCGCGGUUUUUCAGAAAGGUCAACUAUGUCGAAAAGAUUGGUGACAACGAAAAGACAGAGGAAAUAUUGGAAACACUUGAAGUAAAGGAUGAUGAGCAGGAUGAUCGGCCUCAACGGCAGAUAUUAGACGAGGAAGGCAAGAAGUUUCCUCCACCAAAAUCGCAGAUGGAGAAAUGGUCAGAACAUAUGACCCAGGGGAAAAUGUUGACGACACCAUCACGGCUGUUCAAAUUGAUAAUCCCCCUGACGACGACGGACAAGGGUCAUGAUAAGGGUAUUGAGCCUAUUGCCAUCCUUGUUCAUCCACAGCAGCCUCUGUCAUACCUAGAGCGAUUGAUCCAGUCGGAGGUGCCCCCUAUUGAGGGAGAAACUAUAAAGCGCCCACCGGCUGUAUCAUUCAUCGCACUACAGCACGAAGACAACGCGAUCAAGCCAAGAAAGAGGAUCGAAGAUGAUCUUGAUGUUGAAGCGGCCUAUGAUGAAGCCACUUCCAAACAUGAGGGCGACGAUAAUGGACAGAAACCCGGAAGCGGUGCGCCAAUUCAAAGACGUCGACGGUCUCGAGAGGAGGAUGUUGAGACAUACAGCUACCCCCCCAAGACAGACUCUAGUCUUGAUCCUUUGAAUGGAGAGCCGGAGCGAUUUGUACGGUGGUCUCAAGCCACUGAAGUUGGAGAUUUCAUCCGUGAUGCGGCUCGCGCUCAGGAGUUCAUUGUCACAAUCGAAGGUGCACCAGCGGGACUGGGACAGAUCAGAGUCACGGUGCCAUCAUUUAAUGAGCGCACGUAUUUCUUGCGCAUGAGGCUACGAAAGCUAUCGCAGCAGAUCCAGGGCAUCGCGGAGAUUAAACAUGAAUGUGACGCCAUGGCGCAUCGCGGAGCGCAGCGUGUCGCUAUUGGCGGCUUUGGAAUUCUCGCCACAUGGUGGUUUACAGUCUACAAGCUAACCUUUGAGACUGACUUGGGAUGGGAUACUAUGGAGCCGGUGACGUACCUGGUCAGUUUAUCUACGCUGAUGGGUGGUUAUCUGUGGUUUCUCUACCAUAAUCGGGAGAUUUCGUACAAGUCCGCGCUGGAUUUCACCGUCAGUGCGCGCCAGCGAAAGCUCUAUCAGCAGCACAAUAUUGAUCUACAACUUUGGGAGUCGUUAAUUGACGAAGGCAAAGCUCUCCGUCGCGAAAUUAAAAGCAUCGCUGCUGAAUACGAUGCCGAAUGGGACGAGCGUGUUGAUGAACAAGAUGAGCGAGUCACCCAGGCGCUGAGAUCAGAGCGCAAAAAGGACGACCGGAAGAAGAGCAGCAGUGAUAAAGACGGCGAGGAUGAUGAUUGA